AUGGCUACCCCACUCAUUGGAACGGUCAUCAUCACGGGGGGAAAUGGUGCUCUGGGAUCGGAAAUCGCUGUCGCGAUCGCCAAGACACAGCCUCUGGUGCACCUGCUCCUGGCGGCGCGCAACGUCAAGGAUGAGAGUGUCCAGCAGGUGGCGGACAAGAUCCGGAUGAUUGGGCCUAGAUCCCUGGAGAUCGCAAAGCUGGAUCUGGCCGAUUUCAACUCGGUGACUACCUUUGCCAGAUUUACCGUGGAGAGAGUUCAGCGCAAGACCAUCCCGCCCAUCAUGGUCCUCAUCAACUCCGCUGCUACGCUGUCUUACUCCUGCGAUGAGUUUACAAAGGACGGAUACGAUCCCGUCUACCAGGUCAACUGUCUGUCGCCAUUCUUGCUGACGGUGAGCCUGCUCGAGGGAUUCCGUGCUUCUGGAUCACUGGUUUUGAACAUUGGCUGUUCAACCAUCUCUGAUGGCAGACUGGAUUACUUUGAAACAUAUGGUGCCAGAGGAGAGAAGAGCCGAUCGGGAUCAGCUCUGAGUGCCAAAGAAGGGAAUAUUCGUUUCGGGAGCAGCAAGCUCUUAAUGAGUGCCGUCAUGUAUGCACUACGACGGAGUCUCCAUCAGACUGCGAAUAUUUCUCUGAACAUCUGCACCCUCGAUCCGGGAGGCAUGGCUGGCGAGAGCCGUCUGUCAACAGAUAUGCCCAAGUCAAUGCGAGUCACCCAGAAGACGCGGGAGAGUCUCCGUCCGCUGGUCCGGAUAUUCUCGAAGAGCGCUAUCAAUACGACGAGUGUGCCUGCGAAGGCUAUUGCACGGAUCGCUUUCCAGAAGAAUAGAUUUGGAGAUUCAGAACCGUACUAUAUCCUGGACGAUGUCUAUGAGGCAUCGUCCGUCAUCGAAGUGCUCCGAGAUGGCGAGAAGAUGAAUAGUUUGCUCAGAAAGAUCAUGGUGCAGGUCGGUGGAUGUGGAAGCUAUUACAAGAUGGAGACAGCUGCUAAGAAUGCGUCUUCGUAUUAUUAUAGGACAGCCUUCCACGAUCUAGAACAGCAACAACGGCAUGCCGACCUGUGUGUUAUUGUCUGCAGGGUCUGGCCAGAUCAGAAUGUGCCAGUGCGACUAAUAGUGCCGAUCGUAGGAAUGUUCUCUGCUGCAGUGUGUGCGUUGAGGGAAGGCUGUUGGGGGACAAAGCCUGUGGCCGCAGCCUCUGACGGCCCUGGCAAAAAGAGGUUGCUUGAUUUCCAGAGAGAUCCUUUGCCGACAUAUGCUGUUGGUGCUGGAGAGAUGAACAGGCACUACGCCUACGCCAACGGCUACAAUGCCUACCCUCGCGGGGGAAGCGGCACCUUCUCAAUAUCGCCGCAUAGAUUUCAACCUCGUUCACAAUCAGCACUACGGCGUCGAAAACAAUUGAUCACACGGCUAUGUGUCGUUGGCGGAAUAUCGUUAUUCGUGCUGUUUAUGAUCAUUCCCUCCUGGCGCGCUGCUAUUCUUCCUGCACUAUCCCUCGGGCUUAUUUCUCCCACGGGCGACGAUUUUGGGCUGGAGACGGUCCGCUACUAUGACCUUUCCAACGUCCAGGGGACGGCGAGGGGUUGGGAGCGCGAGGAACGGGUGCUCAUGUGCACACCGCUCCGAGACGCAGAGCCUCAUCUACCGAUGUUUUUUUCGCACCUGCGAAACCUGACUUACCCGCACCACCUGAUCGAUCUUGCAUUCUUGGUUUCGGAUUCGAAAGAUAACACCCUGGGAAAGCUCUCCGAGAUGCUCGUCGAGCUUCAGAAUGACCCGAACCCCCAAAUGCAUUUUGGUGAGAUUUCGGUUCUCGAGAAAGAUUUUGGCCAGAAUGUGGCACAGGAUGUGGAGAGUCGGCAUGGCUUUGCUGCCCAGGCCGGACGACGGAAGCUGAUGGCUCAAGCACGGAAUUGGUUGUUAAGUGCCACGCUGCGCCCCACGCACAGCUGGGUCUACUGGAGGGACGCAGAUGUUGAGACUGCGCCAUUCACGAUUAUAGAAGAUCUCAUGAGGCAUAACAAGGACAUCAUUGUUCCAAAUGUCUGGCGACCGCUUCCGGAUUGGCUGGGUGGAGAACAACCGUAUGAUUUGAACUCGUGGCAGGAGUCUGAAACCGCUCUCGCCCUCGCAGAUACUCUGGAUGAAGAUGCAGUGAUCGUCGAAGGCUACGCAGAAUAUGCAACAUGGCGGCCGCAUCUUGCCUACCUUCGAGACCCGUACGGGGACCCCGAUAUGGAAAUGGAGAUUGACGGUGUUGGAGGUGUCAGUAUCUUGGCAAAGGCCAAAGUGUUUCGCUCGGGCGUUCACUUCCCUGCCUUCAGUUUUGAGAAACACGCUGAAACAGAAGCGUUUGGCAAGAUGGCUAAACGUAUGAAAUUCUCGGUUGUUGGUCUUCCACAUUACACCAUUUGGCAUUUGUAUGAGCCCAGUGUCGAGGAUAUCCGUCACAUGGAAGAAAUGGAACGGGAACGAAAGGAACGAGAGAAAGAAGAGAUGGAGAGGGCUGAACGUCAACAAAAGAUAAAGGAACAGUUCAGGGACACUAAAGCUGAAUGGGAACAGGACGGUGCCGCCGUCCAGGAUCUGGUUCAGAAGGAGAAGGCCCGACAGGAACGAAAGGGAUCCGAGGAGGGACCCGCAGCGAAGGCAGAGAAAGAGGAUAUCAGCGAAGGAAGUCAAUGA